AUGCUGGACAUGCGCCUCAGUCUGGUCCUCAUAUCGGACUGCAGAUACGAAUGUAUCAUCAAUCAUUCAGUUCUUCCUCCAGUAAUGAUCUCUGCUGGAGAAAACUUCUGUUCUGUGUAUGAAGGGGCAUCAGUACUCAACCUUGUGGUGUCAAUUCUCAUCACAGUAGGGAUUUUUGUCAGCUACUUGCCGCAGUACUUCCGCAUCCACCACAAACGAACUUCGGAAGGUCUUUCAGUCAAUUUCUUGCUUUUAGGUUCCUGCUCGCUGCUUUUCACGCUUACAAACAUUGUUUUGAUCAGCUCGAGAGCACGUUACUGCUGCCGGAUUGGUGCUUUGACCAUGUUCAACUGCAUAAACUCCCAGCUCAACCUCAUCCAGAUUGGCCUUCAAUGUAUAUGUGCCAUCAUGAUUCUAGUACUUGUGCUUCUUCUCACCAAAGGGUCUGUUGCGCAGGAUAAGGAAGAGUAUGCCAAAAUUACUAGGGUUGGUCGGUUUGUUGUUUUCCAUGCGGCUUUGUCUUUGUUGCAGAUAGUUGUCGGGUUGAGUGCUGGCCGUCCUGUGUUGCUUGCUAUAGCCCAGUUCAAUGGCGUCAUGUCUACUAUUUUAACCGUCAUCAAGUACGUUCCUCAGAUCCACACCACCUACCAUUUGAAGCACCCGGGGACGUUAUCUAUAGGCAUGAUGUGCAUUCAGACUCCAGGCGGGUUUAUAUUCACGGCCACUUUAUUUUUCACCAAGGGAUCUCAUUGGAGCUCGUGGAUGUCCUAUUUCACUGCUGCGACGCUUCAAGGGACAUUGUUGGCUCUCUGUAUCUACUAUGAAUAUUUCAGUGGAUACCGUAAUAGCGAAAGAGAGACAGUGGCGAGAAUAGUGGACGAAAACUUGCACGAAGAGAGUGCCGAUGAAGAUGACACAGCACGCUUGAUAGGGUCUGUUUAA